AUGAGGCGCAGGCGCAAUUUCCAGUGUACCAGAUUGGCACCUACCCUGCCGAUGACCCCCACCUCCACCUCUACUGUACAUCCGUGCCUGAGUGAAAACUGUGAGGUGACGCAGAUAAACGCAGCGAUGGGACGUGGCGUAGUGGCCAAAAAGAAUCUUUUACAGGGGUCUGUUGUGAUCCGAGCUGCGGCGCCCUGGAUACGAUACCCAACAGAUGAUGGUCUCUGUGCCUUUUGUACGAAGCCUCUGCUGGAACGCUUCUUCACGUGCACAAAUCCAAACUGCCAUGAAGAGUACUGCAGUAGAGACUCUAGAACAAUGGUUCUUUCCCUUUACCAAUCUCGCUCGUGCAACAUUGGAGGGGCUUCAGGCCCUUGA